UGUUAAGAUAUCGAUGCAUGCAGCAUUCUUGCAUUGUCUUCAGAGGUAGACAAAGCCAGAAACAGAGAUACAGAUUGGGAAGAAACAUAUUCAGAUAACUGAUAUACAGGGAUCAGUCAAGAAACAUGGAUCAUAACCCUGUUUCAGCUAAGACACAAGCAGAUAAAGAUCUUGUAUCAUCGAUCAAAGAGAAGCUUGAAGCGGUUUCAUCUUUGAACUCCAUCUUCAGAGUCCCAUUGAAACUCCUAGAAGUAAAUGAGAAUAUGUACAUCCCUGGCACAGUUUCUAUUGGUCCUCUCCAUCAUGGCAAGGAUGGUCUAAAGUACAUGGAAGAUCGCAAGUGGCAUUACCUGCUCACACUGCUGAGUCGACAACCAAACCAGUUAGAGUCAAGUUUGCACGAAUGUGUGAAUGCACUGAGCGAUUUAGAGAAGCCAGCACGAAAUUUUUAUGUAGAAGAACUGAACCUCAGAAGCAACCAGUUCAUCGAGAUGAUGCUAGUUGAUGGGUGUUUCAUCAUUGAGCUUCUCUUGAAAUAUGCUCUAAAGGGUAUAAGACGUGGUGGUGACCCCAUAUUUGUCACGCCAGGGUUGCUCAAUAAGGUUAGAUGUGACCUUAUAUUGUUAGAAAACCAAAUACCAUUUCUCAUUCUUCAAAGGUUGUUUCAUAUUGUACUCGUUCAAGUACAACUUGACCAGACCCUGACCCUCUCUGAGCUUACCUUUCGUUUCUUCAGAAAACAGUUGCCGGGGGAUGGAGAAUUUGUGAAUGAGAAGUUUAGCCAAGAGGGUUACCAUUUGCUUGACCUGAUUCGCCAGUGUUACCUUCCAAAUUAUGCAAGAGUAGUGUCCAGGAAAAGUGUAUCUCAAGGUGAUCUUGAGUCGGCAACAAAGCUCAAGAAGGAUGGGAUUAAGUUCAAGAGAUCCAAAGUCAAGUGCUUACUAAACUUGAAAUUUUCAAAUGGGGUGCUUGAAGUUCCUCCCUUCACACUCCAUCAUUUCACGGAAAUGCUAUUUUCCAAUAUGAUAGCAUUGGAACAGCACCAGAAUGAUAGUCAGCCUUUCACAUCUUAUGCCCUUCUAAUGCAAGCCAUGGUGUGCACUGAAAAUGAUGCCAAGUUGUUCCACAAACUAAGGAUACUGAUCAUGAAUAGUUACCCUGAGAAAGAAGCUUGUGAUCUGUUUAAGAAGCUUUGCAGAAAAGUGGAUUACGAGGAGGAUAAGUUCUAUUUUGCAGGUCUGAUUGAACAAAUUUUGGAGUAUAAAAGAGUCCCGAAAUCAUGGAGGAAGAUAUUGAAAUGCAGCUGGCUUAAAACUCGUACUACAUGAAUCACAUUAUGCAAAUUUGGAGGAUGUUGGUUGUUUUCUUGCAUAUAUCAAUCAAUCUGUUGCAUUAUAUCUUGGAGUGCUAAUGCGGAUAAUGUCUUCUGAGGUUUUCAAAGAGAUGCCUGAAGUUAAAUAAAUAUAUUUUCCUUAAACAAUAUUUCUUUUUCGAUUACCGAAAACAACAUAUACCUGAAAAUAGACCUCCUUAAACAAAUAUAUAAAGAACCAGAGUUAAUGUCAAAUAUAAUUUUAAGCAAACACAUAAAAGUUAAUUAGCACGUGUACGUCCCAUUUGAAAUAGAUGCCUUCAAUCUUUAUAUCUUAUGUGAAACUUGACUUUGGUUUUCCCCUACUUUCAAAGUACUUAAUAUUUUUCAUUUUUGAUGAUGAUCUAGUAUUUAAUUUU